GGUGGUGGCAAGGCGGUUUUCUUUGCUGUAAUGCAGAGGUUGUGACAUCCACGUCCGACAUCGACGACGAUCCGGUUCCGCCUUUUCAUUCUGUAGCUGUUUUCGGCGAAAAGUUAUUCUUCAUACAUGGAACGUCGUUCACUUGCACUCGUCGCCAUUCUGAGCAGCGUCGGUGCUAAUUUUUCACCGGAUUUUAGCGACUUUUUGGAGGAAACCUAUGGCAAGAAAUUCGCCAACCGAAUGGAACGACGAGAUCUCGGUCCUGGAGGUAGCUUUGGCGGUGGGAAGCACAACGCAAGCACUAGAACGUCAAAACAAGCUGUAGUAAUUGUUCACGGCAUUACUAACACAGCUGCGAGAUUUGAAGCUACUCGACAGUACCUGUUGAGAAACGGCUGGAAAGAAUCUGAAGUGUAUGCAACGACUUAUGGCGAUGGUGGCAAAACAGUGGCUCCAUUAUUCGACAUGAAAUGCGAUUACGUGAAACAAGUGCGAUGGAUGAUUCAAGCAGUGGCUGAAUUUACGAAACGACGGGUGGAUGUGAUCGCUUAUUCUAUGGGUUCGCCUGUGGCUAGAAAGGCAAUCCUUGGUGGUAGAUGCGUAGACACAAGUGAAUCGCUGGGACCACCUUUGACAGCUUUAGUCGACACCUUCGUUUCCGUCGCCGGAGCGAAUCAUGGCUCAUUUUUGUGUAUAUUGCCGUUACCCGGUGCUUGCAAUAUGGUUACUGGGCUUUCAUGUCAUUCACGUUUUCUGCAGAACAUAAACAAGAGGCAAAGGUACGAAGGAAGACACAUAUUUUCCAUUUUCUCAGCGGAUGAUGAUAAAGUCGGUUUUCGAAAUGCAUGCGGAGAGAUCACCUCCUCCAUAGCCGGUUCUGAUGGCGAGUUUCAGAAAACCGGUAAUCACGACCAAGUCAUGGCGAGUACGAUAGCUUUACAAGCACAACUUAUCGAUAAGCACAGUCCGAAAAAACGACGUUAG